UUCGGAUUUUGGUAAACCAGGGCUAGAAAAAUGAACCAAAUUAGAAAAAGUGGUUCGGUUCAAGUUUACCAUGGUUUCGGUUUGUUUGGUUAGAACCGAAGACUUUUUAGAUUCUCAGUGUAAUUUCACUUUCAGCUUCACACAUCCACUCAUCAUCAUUGAUCGAGAUCUCUCCGGCGACAAAAACACAGCGAGCGACUGACGAAAAUUAAACACUUCGCCGUCACAGACACUCUCUCUAUAUAUAUAAUCUCCGGCGAUGGAGAGUUUCGCUCUUCACUCUCUCUCCACCACCGCCACUUCCACCUUACUCUCCCAUCAUCAUCAUCACCAUCCCUCACGUCUCUCUCUUCUCCGUCGUACCUCUUCGAGAUCUCCGCCUUCAACAAUCUCCCUCCGAUCUCUCUCCGUUCAACCUCUCUCCUUCCCUCUUCUCAAACCAAUUCCUCGAUUCUCCACACGAAUCGCCGCCGCACCGCAAGACAACGCUCCUCCUCCUCCUCCCCCAUCUCCGUCUCCGUCUCCGUCUCCUCAAGGAGCGAAACUCAUCCCUCUGAUUCUCUCAAUCUCCGUCGGCCUAAUCCUCCGAUUCGCUGUUCCUGUACCAGAAGGAGUCACACCACAAGGCUGGCAAUUACUCUCAAUCUUCCUCUCAACAAUCGCUGGUCUCGUCCUUAGUCCUCUCCCAGUCGGAGCUUGGGCUUUCAUUGGUCUCACCGCUUCAAUCGUCACCAAAACGCUUUCUUUCUCCGCCGCUUUCUCAGCUUUCACAAGCGAGGUUAUCUGGUUGAUCGUUAUCUCUUUCUUCUUCGCUCGUGGAUUCGUCAAAACAGGUCUUGGUGAUAGAAUCGCUACUUACUUUGUCAAAUGGCUUGGGAAGAGUACUUUAGGUCUAUCUUAUGGUCUCACGCUUAGUGAGGCUUUAAUUGCUCCUGCGAUGCCUAGUACUACUGCUAGAGCUGGUGGCAUUUUCUUGCCCAUCAUCAAGUCUCUAUCGCUCUCGGCUGGAAGUAAACCGAAUGAUUCUUCUUCGAGGAAACUAGGCUCUUACUUGAUUCAAUCUCAAUUCCAGUGCGCCGGAAACUCUAGUGCGCUUUUCUUGACUGCUGCAGCUCAAAAUUUGCUGUGUCUCAAGUUAGCAGAGGAGCUUGGAGUAGUGAUCUCAAACCCGUGGGUUUCUUGGUUUAAGGCUGCUAGUCUACCUGCAAUCAUAUCACUUCUUUGUACUCCACUUAUCCUCUAUAAGCUUUAUCCUCCAGAAACAAAGGACACACCUGAGGCUCCAGGUAUUGCUGCAACGAAACUCAAGCAAAUGGGCCCUGUCACUAAAAACGAAUGGAUCAUGGUCGGUACAAUGCUUCUUGCUGUCACUCUUUGGAUCUGCGGAGAGACUCUGGGAAUACCAAGUGUUGUAGCUGCCAUGAUCGGUCUCUCCAUACUUCUUGUGCUAGGUGUCCUUAAUUGGGACGAUUGCCUAAGCGAAAAAUCGGCAUGGGACACAUUAGCUUGGUUUGCUGUCUUGGUGGGAAUGGCAGGACAGCUUACAAACCUCGGUGUUGUAACGUGGAUGUCUGAUUGUGUAGCUAAAGUUCUACAAUCUCUCUCCUUGAGUUGGCCUGCUGCGUUUGGACUUCUUCAAGCAGCCUACUUCUUCAUUCACUACCUUUUCGCAAGCCAAACCGGUCAUGUUGGAGCUCUCUUCUCAGCUUUCCUUGCUAUGCAUAUAGCAGCAGGUGUUCCAGGAAUUCUAGCUGCACUUGCUUUAGCAUACAACACCAAUCUUUUUGGUGCUUUGACUCAUUACAGUAGCGGUCAAGCCGCUGUCUACUAUGGAGCGGGUUAUGUUGAUCUGCCUGAUGUAUUCAAGAUUGGAUUCGUGAUGGCGACGAUUAAUGCGAUAAUCUGGGGAGUAGUUGGGACUUUCUGGUGGAAAUUUUUGGGUCUCUACUAAGAGCUCCUCAGAAGAAAGUUGUUCUUGAAGAAGCUUUGCAAAGUCCGGUACAAUUCUUUUGUUGAUCAUUCGGUUUUGAGGCUUCAUUUUUUUCUACUUGCAAUUAGAGAAUCAGACAAUUCUUUGUCAAAUAGAUAUACAGAAGAUCUAUCUCGAUUUGUUCUCUUUAUGAAAUAUCGUGUUUCUUUUUCGGAGAAAGAGUAAGAUACAUGAUGAAAAUCUGUUUUGGGGGCGUUUUUGUUAAAACGAAAAUGUCUGGGUAAUAAAAAACAGAGAAAAUAGUCAUAAAAAAGGAGUGAAUCUUCAAAUUACCUAUU